GCGUCAUGUCCAUCUGCAUGCCUAGCCCACAGCAAGAUCGAUGUAAAGGCCACAAUGAACACUAUGCGAAUGUUGAUCAUCGCUGCACUGGGUUUUGGCGACGAGCUAAUUGCAUGUUCAAUCAUGCGCCGGUAGGGGGAUUGCACUCUUCUGGCAGGCAUCUGCCUGCAUCGACCCAGGUGUCUUGCACAAGUUUAUGUCCGUUCCAGCUUCUUUUGCGGUAAGUUUUGCGCCACACCUCUCGCAGACCUGUCUUGACUGAAACUUGCAACAACUUUCGUGCUACCUACUCAUCCGGCAUGCAUUAAAACAAUAAAGCUCAGCUACGUUGUAGCAAGCCUCUUGUGAUAAUCCAUAAAUACCCUCCACAAACAUCACCUUGAUAUCGGAUAUCAUCUGCAAAAUCGUGUCCACAACAGGUCAACUUCAUUAUGCCUGACUUCAUGCUCGACGAAAUCGAAGCAUUGGGUAGCUUGCCUUCCCAAACAUCAAAGAUCGAUUCCGGUCGAUACACCAUUUCAUCCACUGAACGACUGAAUUUGGAGUCGCCGGACGACCAGGUUCAUGCAAAGAUUUGGUUCCAGUCUCCACCACUUAAAGUCAGCACUAUUCGGCGUAUCGAUAAUCUUCAACUCUUAGCCGAGUCCCACGAUCAAGGCUUUGCCGAUAACCCUUCGGCUGGCAACUGGACUUGGUUCGAACUAGCCAUACUGGAAGACGAGUUUGCAAAGACACCUCGGGUGAAGGAUGGUAUCGAGCUUGUCUGGAAGAGCCAUCGCAACCGAUUUCGCAAGCGCAAAUACGGCUGGAAAGAGGGUCAGGAGUUCGAUGAAGACCAUGAUCUUCUACGUGCACUUGAGGACGGCAACGUCAUAGCUGUUCGCAUUUGCGCAAGGUUUCCCAAUUGGGAAAUCGCGGCUCGAUCAGGUUAUCUUGUAGUCAACAUUGGCGACAAAGAAUUCAAGCGCCAGCCCGUACAUUACGACAAGGUCGUCUCUCAAAUCGAGACUAUUCAAGAGACAAUACACGAAAUCAACAUCCAUACCAAUACAGCCUUCACAACGACUUUGCCCGACAAUCUCUUCCGCGCGGACGUUUUUGGCUCCAGUGGAGAGCGCCCACUUCGCGUCCUAUCCCUUGAUGGUGGAGGCGUUCGGGGGCUUGCAUCGCUACAUCUUCUGAAAGCGGUUAUGGACCAGGCAAAGCUCAACAAGAAGCCUUGCGAAGUGUUUGACAUGAUCGGUGGUACUAGUACCGGAGGUCUGAUAGCUAUAAUGCUGGGUCGCCUACAAAUGACCAUUAAGGAGUGUAUCGACACGUACACAGUGUUCAUGAAAACGGUCUUCAAGAGCUCAUGGAAAGGCAAGAACGGAGACCUGGUUGCAAACGGCUCAUACUAUGACGCCAGUAUCCUCGAGAAAGUGGUCAAGGACCUUAUUCGGGAUCGACUCCACAACGAAGAUGUCAAGAUGGUUGAUGAAAGCAAGGAUACAAAUAAUGCUUGCAAAGUUUUUGUCAUGGCGGUGCGUACAGAUGGACCAAGCAACCGGGCGCCCGUCUUUCUACGUUCUUAUGUCAAUCCACAAGACAUUUCUGCAAUUCCUGACAUCAAACUGUGGGAGGCUGCUCGUGCAACAUCCGCAGCCCCACUGUACUUCGCCCCCAUGAAGGUCGGCGACUAUGAGUUGGUGGAUGGCGGCUUAGGCGCCAACAAUCCAUUGGGAUGGCUCUGGACAGAAACGCUGGCUGUGUUUGGACCCGCGCGAAGUACCGAUUGCUUCCUCAGCAUUGGCACGGGCAUUUCAGCUAACGAACCGCUUUCCAAUCCAGGAAGGACCAACCCAGUCACAACCGCCAAGGCUCUUUCUUCCAUCGCUACAAAUACACAAAUCGUGCAUGUACUUUUCCGUUCACUCAUUAACGCAUUCGCACCCAAGCCUCUGGAAAAGAAGUACUGGAGGCUGAAUAUCGGCGAGGAAAUACCUGAGCGGGUAGAGCACAAACCGGGUGGCUGGUUUUCAGGGCCAACUGACGUGAAGCAUUUGGACAACUUCAAAAAGCUUGGCGAGCUCGACGACACUAGGGAAGAGGUCAUUCAGGAGCUUUUAAAGAUGACAACUCAGUAUGUGAAGUCUCAAGAUAGUCAGAUUAGCGACUGUGCUGCGGCCAUAAGAGCUAGUAUUGGACGUCAGGAUUUGACCAAGGAGAGUGAUAGUUUACGCCCCUAGGUGGGUAAACUUGUCUGAAUGGUUAUGAGGGUAUUUCGUGGUAGAUAGUUCAAUCGAGUGAUCGUGUUUAGUCAAAUACGAGUACAUCGAUUUCC